CAGAAAUGACAUAGGUUUAUGCCACCUGCCUGCCUUGCUCUGCCAGCUCCCACUGUUGUUGUCUCUCCCUCCUCCUCCUCACUGUGUUUUUCCCAGACUGACGCAUCCAUGGACCCUCUGGCUCUGCUGCUUUCGUCAGUGACUUGGAGUGCUCUGACAACUUUGUGAACUCUUUGUGUUGGAGUGAGAACGCAGAGGCAGGCGAGCAGUUGAUGGGACGCAGCCUUUGCAGCAGCAGCAGCAGCAGGCUCCUCAGGAGACUACAUCGGGUCUUCCAGCUGGAGUUAAUCCUCCUCUCCGGGCCAUGACAAGGCAAAGCCUCAGCAUUCUGACCCCCCUGGCUCUACUGGUACUCCUUGCGGGUUUUUCGGACUUCCAGCUUGGCUCUGUUGGUGCAGAAGAGGAUUAUAAUGUGCAGGAGCUGCUGACAAGAGAAACAUUCAAUCAGGUUCAAGAGUUGGAGAAGUCUUCAAAGCCAGGUGGGCAUGAAGAAAAACGACAAAUCCCUGCAAAGAUUUCCAAAGAAAAGGCAUCACAAAGCAGCAAGAAGGCCGAUAAAACCCCAACAGACACCAAAUCAGAAUGCCCUCCUAUGGGAUUGGAGUCGCUGAAGAUUGAUGAUUUCCAGCUUCAUGCUUCGUCUACGAAGCGCUACGGCCUCGGUGCACACAGAGGUCGCCUCAACAUUCAGGCUGGCCUUUAUGAAGAUGAUCUGUAUGAUGGGGCUUGGUGCGCUGGGAGGGAUGACCCUCUGCAGUGGUUUGAGGUGGAUGCCAGGAGGCUGACCAAGUUUACUGGGGUCAUCACUCAGGGGAGGAACUCUCUUUGGUCAAGCGAUUGGGUGACCUCUUUCAAAGUUAUGAUCAGCAACGAUAGUCACACCUGGAUGACGCUCAAAAAUGGCUCAGAUGACUUGAUAUUCAGGAGCAAUAGAGAAAAAGAGAUUCCCGUCCAAAACAUCUUCCCAACACCAGUGGUCAGCCGAUACAUCCGAGUCAAUCCUCAAUCCUGGUUUCCCAGCGGCAGCAUCUGCAUGAGAGUGGAGAUCCUGGGCUGUCCUUUGCCAGAUCCAAAUAAUUAUUACCACAGACGCAACGAAGUCAUAACAACUGACGACUUGGACUUCAAGCAUCACAGCCACAAAGAAAUGAGGCAGCUCAUGAAGGUGGUUAAUGAAUUGUGCCCCAACAUCACUCGCAUUUACAACAUAGGGAAGUCUCAGGGGGGGCUUAAACUGUACGCCAUUGAGAUCUCAGACAACCCAGGAGAACAUGAAGUAGGUGAGCCGGAGUUUCGUUACACGGCUGGUUCCCAUGGUAACGAGGUGCUGGGACGGGAGCUGCUUCUCCUUCUGAUGCAGUUCAUGUGUCUUGAGUAUCUGUCUGGCAACCAGCGCAUACGUCACCUGGUGGAAGAGACCAGGAUCCAUCUAUUGCCGUCCGUCAACCCUGACGGCUACGAGAAAGCCUUUGAAGUGGGUUCAGAGCUCAGCGGCUGGUCUCUGGGUCGAUGGAGCAACAACGGAAUUGACAUUCACCACAACUUCCCGGAUCUCAGCUCUGUUCUGUGGGAAGCUGAGGCCAAGAAAUGGAUUCCUCGCAAAAUGUUCAACCACCACGUCCCCAUCCCAGAGUGGUACCAGUCAAAGAACGCCUCAGUUGCCUUGGAGACGCGAGCUUUGAUAGCAUGGAUGGAAAAACUGCCCUUUGUGUUGGGCGGUAACCUCCAGGGAGGCGAGCUGGUAGUGACCUUCCCGUAUGACAGAGCUCGCUCCCCGGGGGUGACCCGGGGGCAGACCCCCACCCCCGAUGACCACGUCUUCCGCUGGUUGGCCUUCUCCUAUGCGUCCACCCACCGCCUGAUGACUGAUGCCAGCCGACGGGUCUGUCACACAGAAGACUUCGCCAAGGAGGAUGGCACCAUCAACGGAGCAUCGUGGCACACUGCAGCUGGCAGUAUGAAUGAUUUUAGCUAUUUGCACACCAACUGCUUUGAGCUGUCGAUGUAUGUGGGUUGUGACAAAUUUCCUCACGAGAACGAGCUGCCGGAGGAGUGGGAGAACAAUCGCGAAUCUCUUCUUGUUUUCAUGGAGCAGGUGCAUCGUGGAAUCAAAGGUGUUGUGAGGGACCUGCAAGGUCGUGGAAUAGCCAAUGCCAUAAUAUCAGUGGAGGGCAUCAACCAUGAUGUUCGUACAGCUGCAGAUGGUGACUACUGGCGCUUGUUAAACCCAGGGGAGUACAAAGUAACAGCCAGAGCUCAUGGCUACACCAUCACCACUAAGAAGUGUGAGGUUGGCUACGAGAUAGGUGCCACCAGAUGCGACUUCAAAAUAGGCCGGACCAAUUUAUCACGGAUCAGAGAAAUUAUGGAAAAAUUUAACAAGCAGCCCAUCAAAUUCCCAGUGAAGCAACUUCAAGCACGGAGGUCUGGCGAGAGACCUAUGGGAACAUAAUGACUGCACGACGGAGAAGAAUUAAUAGCAAAUAUCUAGGCUGAUCUGAUCAGCAUGAAGAACAAGGUUUGGAACUGGCUCAGAAUCUGUCUGAGAAAAAAUUGUUGGACCCUGAAAACAUGAAUAAUUUCCAGCCUUUUUUUUAAGAAUUUGGAUUCUGUGUGGUUUUCUCUGUAGAUAAUAGCUGAAAUGUGGUAAAAUAUUUAAACAUAUUAUAACAUCAGACCAAAAAGGUUUUCUACAUACAUUUCCAUUUGAAAUUGAACUACAAUACACUAUUGAAAUAGCAAAACACCACAAAAGACCAUAUUAUUUUAAACAUUUCUGGUCCGUUUUAGCUGAUAUAUAUUUUUUCUUAAUCAACACAAUUAUUGCUGUAUUUAUUUCAUAUCAAUUUAAAAUAAGACAGUCAUUUGCAAAGAAAACUCACUGGUUACAUUAAUGGAGUCCCACCUUUGCCAGUGAUUAAACACAAAAAUGUUUGUUUUGUUUUAUGACGGAUUAAAGUGUUCUAGAACUUUUUACUUGAUAUCUUUUUUCAUCUUUUUUGUACACAAAGGCGAAAAUUGGACUUGUACAAAUUAAUUUUAUGUCAUUUGCUUGAACACUUAAGCAGCCAUGUGUUCAAUUAAUAAAGAGAUUUUUAUGGAGAGAAAGUAGACUGUUGUAGGUUUUUUCAAUGUCAGUAGUGAUCAGUGAUCUGAAUGAUCCCUAAAAAAUCCUCUUACCAUCAGUUCUUUAGUUUUCAUCCUCUGACUGGUAGAUUGCAGGUUCAAUUGCCACCUUGCUCAUCCAUGGCUCAAAGUUUCCUUGAGCUGAACGUCAUAUUGUCUCUAUUGGUUAUUGGUUGGCACCAGUGUCUCGUACAAAGAGCUGUGUGUGAAUUUGUGUGUGAAUGUAAAACACUUUAGGCCUUCAAGAAAGGCAGAAAAGCAAAAUAAGAUUAGAUGCUAUUCAUAUUUUUCUGCUCCUACAGCUGGACACACCUCUCUGUUGGACAUGUCCAACAGGAAAUUCAGAAUGCAUUUCCUCAGCGGAAUUUGCCUCUUCAUAAAGAGUUUAUUUUUUUCUUUUCCAAAGCUGGACAGACCUCAACAGGUUUUUGGAUUGAGUUCUCAACAGGAACUAAAGCCAACAUCUGCAGGAGAGAAGCUAACAGCAGGAGUUUAGAAGCGAGGAGUUUCCAGUAGAGACUUUGGAUGUUUUUGAUUCCUCUGAGAAUUACUCAGUUUGCUCAGGAACUGAAGAUCACUUUAACUGAAAUGUGAUUGAAGAGAGGUAGCUUCAAUUUUCUUCACAGAUUGCUGAAGUGGGAUCAGAAAUGUUGGCUGUUACAUUGGCCCCCCAACUGUCCCAUCUGGAGGAGACCCUGGAGAAGACAUUUUGGACACUAUGUUCCUUGGCUGACUUGGGUGCUCCUUGGGGGUCUCCCGUGAAAGAACUGGAGAAUAUUUCUGUGUAGACGUAAGUCUGGGGAUCCCUGCUCGAGCUGGAUGAAUUGAUGCAGAUUUUUAACAGCAGAGAAGCAUAUUUCUUUUUUGAGUUGCUUUGUUAGACCAAUUUAGUUGGACUUUAACUUUCAAUUGACAAGUGACAACCCAAUCUCAUGCAUUGCUGCACGGUAAUCAAACUGUUGUUUAUAUAGUCAAAAUGUCAAGAAUGAGGCUCCUCCACUGGAACAGAAGCGCCUUCGUGGUUGUAAAAUUAAGCUCCUUUAAGCAGAAAGGCUGCUUCCCGGUGUAAAUACAGACUUGUGAGAUGUAUAUCCAUGCUCCAUAAUGUUCCUGUCCUUUAUACACUCACAACAUUUAUUAUUUUAAAUUAUGACACAGGAACUCAAUGCUUCGUCUCAUUGGCAGAUUGUUGGUUGGUAUUAAGCUAGACCAGGAAGUCUCGUGUUUUCAAAUAAAAAUGAAAAAUGCAUCUUAUAACAUCUGCAAUUUAGAGGCUUCCGUGAUAAAGUGGGGGGAGCUGGCUUUGAAUCAGCCAGGACCUGCGUUAAAAAACACACUUGAGUUUUACACACACACAGAGAUGCACACAGACAGAUAAGUGCUUGCAAAUGCAGAUUAGGAGGAUGCAAAGUGUAACUAAAUCCCCACAAAUCUGAGAUGCUGACAUGGAAAAAUGUUAGAUAGCAAGUACAGCCAAAAGCUACAUAGAAGUAAUAAUGAAGGAAUGAAUGCUGAAAUUAAAGAACAAAAUUACUAAAUAAAAAAUAAAAAUUGUGAGUGAGAACAUUUUGAAGUAGUGGAAGAUAGCCAGAAUUUCCAGUGCUGCUCCAUCAGUUUAUGAUGCCUUAUUAGAGUUCAUUUUAGGGUCAUGAACUCGGCCUAUAAACUGUCAGAUUGUCCCCAAAAAUUGAAAUAGUGCAAUGAAUGCUACAGUUAAAUUAUGUGUAAGUAAGAGAACAAUUUUAAUUCUGUUCUCAUUUACAUAAAAAAAAUAAAAUGCAGUUCUGAAUUCACUAUGAUCUGACCUAUUUUGAAAUUGCGAAAAUAUAAAGACAUUCUAAAAGGAAAUUUAAAAAAAAAAAAAAAAGCUUUUUUCUGUUAGACUCCUUCUCAACUGAAUUAGUAGGAUCAUCUUAAUUGAAGGACAAUUAUUAGGCUUAAACUAUCCUAAAUGACUAUGACUUUAAUGACUGUGCCUAAUAAGCAUUCAAUUUUUACAGUUUCGAGGCUGUACUUUGGGGGUGUCAGGCCAGAGGGUCCAAUUAUCAGAGAUCUGCUGGGGCUUUUACAGAUCGCUGGUUUACUCUGACAAUAUGAGACUUCCUUCUCUCAAGCCAACAUAUAAUUAGAGGACAACUUUAGCCUCCCACAAUGCCCUCCAGAAGUCAUUGAACCGAGGAGUGCACACCUAUUAUCAUGGAAGCCAUGGAUAACUACUUAGAUUUGUUUAACACGCCAGAACUUUCUGUGGUAUUGCGCUUCUGGAAUGGUGGGAAAUUAAUGCAUUUUUUUAAUCAUUCUAAUGAUUUGAAGUUGUAAAUAGACCCUCAACUCACAUUUUCUUUUAAGUUUUGAAAGGUUGCUUGUGUUUUUCAUGAGAAAAUAACCACACCAGCGUUCAAAGCAUUUAGGAUGCCAGCUAGUAUGAACAAUUUACUGCUAUUAUAUGAGUUUUAGUUACAAAGUCAAAAGUUCAUAAAGAGAAAAACAACAAACAUCUGUUUGUUUUACAGUUUCAGGUGUCCACUUUUCACCUUGAGUUGAGUUUUUUUUUUUUAUUUGCUGCGGCGGGGAGUCUGUGGGUUGAAGCCGAUCAUUACUAAGCUGUGUGUCAGGGUCGGCGCCACCCACCUGAAGAUUAUGUUUGUCUCCCAGAGUGGUGGUCAGUGAUCAGCCUUUUGGGGCUGAAGCUGUCUCAGUCAGCUGCUGGUGUUGUUUCAUUACCACCUGCAUUGAGGUGAGACCUGAAAAAUGGUAUUUUCCUCAGUUAAAGGGGGCAUACCAUCACAAAUCCACUUUUUGAGGUUUUAAGUGUUUUAUACUGUUCAUUCGUCACUAUAAAAAUCCUCAAAGAGGUAUUUUGAUCCAUUCACACAUUUCUGAGUACUGUAUUUUCCGGAGUAUAAGUCGCACUUUUGGGAGAAAAGUCUGACAUUUUAGAACAAAUCCGCCAAGCGUAGCUAAAAAUAAUACUAUAAAAUAAAUAUAAUAAUACUAAUCCUUUGAUCUGUAUAAGGAAAAUAUUGAAGUUUAAUAGGAAAAGAAUCAGAUUCUCUUCUAUGUUUGCUUUGGAUGACACUUCCUCUGCCAACAGCAAAUACUUAUACUCAGAUGCAGCGCCCUCUAGCUGUUGUUAGAGGAAACAACCACUAUUUAUUUAUGUGCUAUUUACAUAUCUAUUUAUGUCUAAAAAAAAA